UCAUUUUACCUUGGUGAAAUGACCACAGUUUUAACGUAAGACAAGGAAUCAGGCUGAAUGGAAUUUACGUUUGUUUUACACAGAGUGAACGACUUCAACAUGAGUUUAGCAUGUGUCAGAGUUUAGCAUCACUGUUAGCAUAUAUACCCCAUGUAGACGGAGCAGCGAGAGAUGAACUACAGUGUGUACAGUACAUGAUGCGUGUGCACGCGCGUGCAGUCGGCGGAUAUGAGAGAUGCGCGUCAGUCAGCAGAGACACACAUGCGAGUAUAAAUGAGCCGUGAAAGACAGGCUGUGCGCGCGCAGGUUUACAUGUUUACUUGUGGCUUUGAGUGUACUGACUGCUGUGACGUUCUUGCCCGCAUCACGAGCAACAGAAGAUUGGCUUGGAAUCGGCGAGACGUGAGACUGACCGGCUGGUCACCGGUCGGGCCGAUCAUACGAAAAACCGGCCAAUUCCGAUCUCUUGCCGGUCAAUCGGUGCACCUCUAUAUAUAAUAUAAAUAUAACAAAAUAUACAUUUAUUUGUUCUGUUGAACACAAAAGAAGAUAUUUUGAAGAGCGUAGGAAAGCAAACAGUUCUGGGGCACUUUUGACUACCAUUGUCAUUUUUCCUACUACGGUAGUCAAUGGGGUCCAAGAACUGUUUGGUUUCAAGCAUUCUUCCAAAUUUACAGAGAUUAGGAACAACUCGGGUGAGUAAAUGACAAUUUUUUUUGGGGGGGUGAACUGUCCCUUUAAGACCCCAAAUACUGCAAAGAAAACAAAUUUAUAUUCAUAUUUAAACAAUGCAUAUUUGGAGAAACAUUUUGCAGCAGAAGUCAACAGAAGCGCGUAAGUGUAAUUGAUUAAUAUUGUCUUAUUGAGUUUAAACGCAGUGUCGUUGCUUUGUUUACUACCGCCAUGUCACGUGUCGAAGUCGCGUUUGUUCUCGUGCUGGUUUCGCUUGUUAUUGUAAGAUUUUGAAGGCGUGUCCAACGCCAGGUAGAGAAUUUAAACUGUGCCCUCGGCCCAGUCAGUGGGAGAAGCAGUUUGCAGCAGAAGUCAACAGAAGCGUGUAAGUGUAAUUCAUUAAUAUUGUCUUAUUGAGUUUAAACGCAGUGUCGUUGCUUUGUUUACUACCGCCGUCUCACGUGUCAAAGUCGCGUUUGUUCUCGUGCUUGCGCUUGUUUUUGUGAGAUUUUGAAGGCGUGUCCUGCUGAAUUCAAUUGCGUGAUUAAAAGGGGUAUUUAAGUGCGAUUAACUUCCACGUGCAGCGCUCAUCGCGUGAAGACCGAAGAGCGUAAAGACCAUCGACUCUACCUGUGCGACUCCACCGAGCAAGGACACCAACAAGGCACUUGAGUAUUACGUUUUUGCACUUCGACUAUUGCACUUUAUUUAUUCUCUUCUUGUCAUUUGUUUUGUAUAUUCCGUGUUUCCCCGCUUUUGACCAUGGAUUUUCAAAUUUCUACUGUCACUACAACUCAUUCGAGUCACAUGCUGUUACUGUAAUCCACCCUGUUAAAACUCAUGUUGUAGUUAUCUAUUGUCCCCCGGGUCAGCUUGGACAUUUCUUGGAGGAGUUGGAUACGCUUCUGUCAUCCUUCCCUGAGGAUGGUACUUCUCUGUUGGUACUUGGAGACUUCAAUAUCCACCUUGAAAAACCACAGGCUGCCGACUUCAACAACCUGACUGCAUCGUUUGACCUCAAGCGAGUUCCCACUUCAGCAACUCAUAAGUCUGGUAAUAAACUAGAUCUUAUCUACACACGCUACAGCUCCACUCAUCACCCCCAGGUCACCCCGCUGCACACGUUGGAUCAUUUCCUCAUCACUCUUGAUCUCGACCUAACUUCCCCAGACACUACACAUGCCUCCCCACUGGUCACAUUCCGACGCAACCUACGUACACUCUCUCCCUCCCGCUUAUCCUCUGUGGUCUCCGCCACGCUCCCUCCCUCCGAACAGCUCUCUCUCUUGGAUACUAACACCGCCACUGACACUCCUUGCUCCACACUUACCUCCUGCUUAGACAGCUUAUGCCCCCUUACAUCUAGGUCAUCUCGUGCAUCCCCUUCUGCCCCCUGGUUAUCUGAUGUUCUCCGUGAGCAUUGCGCCACGCUCAUGUCUGCUGAGAGAAAGUGGCGCAAAUCUAAAGAACCCGCUGACCUCGGUCUCUAUCAGUCUCUCCUCUCUUCUUUCUCUGCUGAUUUCUCCUUUGCGAAAACUCAGUACUACCAUACUAAAAUCAACAACUCGCCUGACUCUCGUACUCUCUUUAAAACCUUCUCUGCUCUUCUUUGCCUGCCUUCCCCCUCACCUGCAUCGGACUUAACAGCUGAUGAUUUUGCAUCUUUCUUCGUAAAGAAAACUACCACCAUCAGCAGUCAGUUCUCUGCGCCGCUGCCUUUUGAUCACGGCCAAACCCCCGACACAUGCUCGCUCCCCUCUUUCUCCCUCCUAUCUGAAGAUGAUGUUUCCAAGGUCAUGUCUUCGAACCACCCAACGACCUGCCCGCUAGAUCCCAUCCCCACUCAUCUCCUCCAGGCCAUCUCUCCAUCGGUUGUUCCCACUCUGACCCACAUUAUCAACUCGUCUUUCAUCACUGGUACAUUUCCCGCAGUUUUCAAAGCCUGUAUUACCCCACUACUGAAGAAACCCACUCUUAAUCCUGCACUGUUAGAUAACUACAGACCGGUAUCUCUUCUCCCCUUCAUUGAUAAAACUCUUGAGCAUGUUGUAUGUAACCAGCUCUCCUCCUUUCUCACGCAAAACAACCUCCUGGACAGCAACCAGUAAGGUUUCAAGAGCGGUCAUUCCACUGAGACUGCGCUGCUCUCUGUCAUUGAAGCCCUGAGACUGGCAAGAGCCGCCUCGAACUCAUCUGUACUCAUCCUACUGGAUCUAUCUGCCGCCUUUGACACCGUUAACCACCACAUCGUCCUGUCGACCCUCAAGGCUAUGGGCGUCUGCAAAAUGGUGCUACAAUGGUUCAGGUCUUAUCUCUCAGGUAGGUCAUUUAGAGUAUCCUGGAGAGGUGAAGUCUCUGAGUCCUAACAUCUUGAUACAGGGGUGGCUCAGUGCUUGGGCCGUUGCUCUUUUCUGUAUACAUGACAUCCCUUGGCUCUGUCAUUCGGAAACAUGGCUUUUCCUAUCACUGCUAUGCGGAUGAUACACAACUCCACCUGUCAUUUCAGCCUGACGAUCCGACUGUUUCUGCAUGCAUUUCAGCAUGCCUGAGCGACAUUUCCCUCUGGAUGAAGGACCAUCACCUGCAGCUGAACCUUGCUAAAACAGAACUGCUUGUAAUCUUGUCCGACCCUAAGAUCCAUCACAACUUCUCCAUUCAACUGGGCUCAUCAACCAUCACAUCUUCCAGAACGGCCACAAACCUGGGAGUGGUGAUCGAUGAUCAGCUAAACUUCACAGAUCAGGUUGCCAGCACCACUCGGUCCUGUAGAUUCAUCCUCUACAAUAUCAGCAAAAUUAGACCUUUCCUAUCCAAGCAUGCUAAGCAGGUCCUAGUCCAGGCUCUUGUUAUGUCCAGACUGGGCUAUUGCAAUGCUACUAGCUGGACUUCCUGCUUGCACAACAAAACCUCUACAGAUGAUCCAGAAUGCAGCGUCAAGAGUGGUCUUCAAUGAACCAAAGAGAGCACAUGUCACCCCUCUCUUCAUUAAGUUACAUUGGCUCCCUAUAGUCGCUCGCAUCAAAUUCAAGACUCUGCUCCUGGCCUACAAGACCACCACUGGUUUGGCACCCCUUUAUCUUCAUUCACUAAUGCAGACUUAUGUACCCGCCAGAUCCUUACGCUCUGCAAAUGAACGACGUCUUGUGGUGCCAUCCCAAAAAGGUAAAAAAUCGCUCUCACAAACCUUCUCUGGAUCGGUUCCACAUUCGUGGAAUGAUCUGCCUGCUGCUACAAAAUCAGCAGAUUCUGUGGCCAUCUUUAAGAAUCGGCUGAAAACACAUCUCUUCCGUCAGCACCUGACCGAUCAUUUCUGACUUCUAUAUCUUUUCUACUCUGUAGUAGACUUUGUGAGACAUGUUUUAUUGCACUUAUGCUUUUUGUUUUCCUAAUGUUGACCCAAUUGCUUCCAUUGUUUACCCAACUUGUAAGUCGCUUUGGAUAAAAGUGUCUGCUAAAUGACUAAAUGUAAAUGUUAUGUAUUUAAGAAGAUUUAGCUUUUAGUCUUUAACAUUGCUGUUUGGUGACUGUAUCAGUUCUGAGGUUUGCUUUUGGUGGAAUUCAAUAAAUACUGAGAUUUAGUGGCUGAAAUACAUGUUGAAAUGCUGAUUAUAGGCAAAUUUGUAGUGGUCUCUUAUGUUUUUCCAGAGCUGUAUAUUAUAAACGUUUUUCCAUUA